GUAGACGUUGACGGGGCUGCCUGACUUUGGUGGUGGCGGCGGUGUUGCCUUCAUCUUGCCGUUGCAAACUUGCCGGGAAGAUCAGUUGGCACUUGACCAGUGUUGGAGUAGGACGCGCUUACCCCCGAAAUAGGGAUGGCUCCUCUUGGAAUAGGUCGACUGGCUUGGUUACUGGUCCUACUGGUAGCGCACCUUGACUUCCAGUGGACAAGGGCUCACCCUGUAGGCGAACCUCAAGUGGAUGAAGCGUCCGACGCCCUUCCUUCGUCGGCGCCUUCCAGUCUCGAUGCCCCGUCGUACGAUUACAUACCCUUGGAGGGAGAGGCUGAUUACGAAGUUUAUCCCGACUUCCAGCAACCAAAUGACACUGGCACCGUCGAUUCCAGAGGUGGAAACGAAUUCCUGGAAAUUGACCCCAACGUGUUAGGAGACGUCUUGGACUUUUUGGAAGUCGAGUCCCUCGACCAGUAUGACCCGGCCCUCGAGAACCCGGGAGGUCUGCAGGUGAUGACCCAAGGUGGUGACCAUCUCAAGGUCACCAAAGGUGAAGACGGCAGCAUCAGUGUCAAUGGGUCCGUGGUUGAUGGCGUGAUGAGCCUACCAGAUGGAACAGAAAUUUACACCCUGGAAAGAUUUCUGGCGGAACAUCGUCAUCUCAUGGACGAAGCCUUCAGGCAUUUGGCAACGCAGUCCAAAUCCCUUGAGCAGAACAAUGGCAGAAAUUUCGUAACCAAACCGCAACCAAAAGGCACUGAAGGCAUUGAAACCGAGGAGAAACUCGUGGUACAUGAUCAGAUAUCCAGACCAGCCUCUCCAGAUGUCGACACGCAAAUGCCUUUCUCUGUAUCAGUGAGUGAGGUUCACUGAAAUAUCAACGAGAACUUCCCCACCUGAGGUGACUGUCCAGAAGAGUAUUCCUCAUGCUCAAACAGUUAUUGAAGUUCCAAACGAAGCUCUGCCCUCAGAAGAACACGUCAAGUUGGAAGCAAACCAAACAGAUUUCUCAGCU